UAUGAGGAGAGAGCUUCUUUACUCUCCAAUUCUCUCUAUUCGAGUCCAUCAUCGAUCCAUCAUCCUCUAUUUGAAAACCCCAACGACGGACAUGGCGAUCCCUCGCAAGCCGCUGCUUACGUCUCUUCUCCUUUUACAGGUGAUGAUCAGUUUCUCAGUUUUAGUCAGCGCAGAGCUCAUCUCCUCACUCAACUCCCACUCUGCUCCAAUACAUUCAAAUGAUUACUGCGCUAUGUAUGACAUUUGUGGACAACGCACCGACGGCAAAGUCCUCAACUGUCCUUACGGUUCCCCAUCCGUUAAGCCUGAUGAUCUCUUUUCCGCCAAAAUACAAAGUCUCUGUCCAACCAUUACUGGGAGUGUCUGCUGUACGGAGACUCAGUUUGACACUUUGAGGUCUCAAGUUCAACAGGCUGUCCCUUUUCUUGUGGGUUGUCCUGCGUGCUUGAGGAACUUCUUGAACCUCUUCUGCGAGCUCUCCUGCUCUCCUAAUCAGUCCCUUUUCAUCAAUGUCACUUCUGUUGCUGAGGUUGGUGGAAAUUUGACUGUGGAUGGUAUAGACUAUCACAUUACUGACAUGUUUGGAGAAGGCCUUUACGAGUCUUGUAAAGAGGUGAAAUUUGGAACUAUGAACACACGUGCCAUCAAUUUCGUGGGUGGUGGCGCUCAAAACUUCAGAGAGUGGUUUGCGUUUAUCGGUCAGAAAGCACAACCUGGCUUCCCUGGUUCACCAUAUGCAAUCAAUUUCAGAUCGAGUUCCCCUGAGUUAUCUGCAAUGGCGCCAAUGAACUUAUCUACUUAUUCGUGUGGCGACACAUCACUUGGAUGCUCUUGUGGUGACUGCCCUUCCUCACCCGCUUGCUCUAGUCCCGAACCCCUUCCUCCCCCACAUGAAGAAGACUCGUGCUCAUUUCGAAUCGGCCCUCUUAAGGUUAGAUGCAUUGAGUUAUCGAUGGCACUGUUAUACAUCCUGCUGGUCUCUAGCUUCUUUGGAUGGGCUACUUUCAGUCGAACAAGGGAUAUAACACAGCCUGAUGGUAGCUCAGAGUCACUAGUGCGUCUGCUGGAAGGAGAUGGAAUUAAUAGUGAACUGAAGGAAAGCACACUUGGUGUCAAGGUGAAAAGACAUGCUCACCUCUCUCCCGUUCAGAGAUACAUGGCAUCAUUUUACAAAUCAUACGGGUCAUGGAUUGCUAGAAAUCCAUCUCUUGUUCUUUUCAUUUCGGUGGCUAUAGUUCUUGCGCUCAGUUCAGGCCUCUUUCGUUUUAAGGUGGAAACGCGGCCAGAAAAGCUGUGGGUAGGUCCUUCAAGCAAAGCAGCAGAAGAGAAAAAGUUCUUUGAUAGCCACCUUUCACCAUUCUACAGAAUCGAGCAGCUUAUCUUGGCCACUGUUCCCGAUCCCAAAACUGGGAAGGCUCCUAGAAUUGUGACAGAAGAAAAUAUUCUUUUGCUUUUUGACAUACAAGAGAAGGUCGAUCAAAUUCGUGGAAAUUAUUCAGGUUCAGAGGUCCCUCUGACUGACAUUUGCUUGAAGCCACUGGGAGAGGACUGCGCCACUCAGAGCAUUCUGCAGUAUUUCAAGAUGGAUCUUGGAAAUUAUGAUGAGUAUGGAGGAAUUGAGCAUGCUGAGUAUUGUUUCCAGCAUUACACGUCAUCAGAGCUGUGCUUAAGCGCUUUUCAGGCGCCCGUUGAUCCUAGUGCAGUGUUGGGAGGAUUUUCAGGGAGUAACUAUUCUGAGGCUACUGCGUUUGUUAUAACAUAUCCAGUUAACAAUAUCGUUGGUGAUUCGAGCAACGAGAACGCAAGGGCAAUAGCAUGGGAAAAAUCGUUCAUUCAAUUAGCGAAGAAGGAGCUGCUAUCUAUGGUGCAAUCCAAUAAUUUGACUCUCUCUUUUUCAUCCGAAAGUUCAAUAGAGGAAGAGCUGAAAAGAGAAAGCACUGCUGAUGUUAUAACAAUAGCUGCAAGCUAUCUGGUUAUGUUUGUUUAUAUUUCCGUCACGCUUGGAGAUGCUCCGCAGUUUUAUACUUUCUUCAUUUCAUCAAAGGUCUUGCUCGGUCUUUCGGGUGUUGUGCUUGUCUUGCUUUCUGUACUUGGAUCUAUUGGAUUUUUCAGUGCGGUUGGAGUUAAAUCCACAUUGAUCAUAAUGGAAGUCAUUCCUUUCCUAGUCCUGGCUGUGGGAGUAGAUAAUAUGUGCAUAUUGGUUCGUGCUGUAAAGAGACAGCCUCGUGAUAUUUCUUUAGAGGACCGGAUCAGCUCUGCACUUGUUGAAGUAGGUCCAUCCAUAACGCUGGCAAGUUUAUCCGAAGUAUUGGCAUUUGCUGUUGGAGCUUUUGUUCCAAUGCCAGCAUGUCGUAUCUUUUCGAUGUUUGCAGCUUUGGCUAUUCUGUUGGACUUCUUUCUGCAAAUCACAGCAUUUGUUGCGCUAAUAGUUUUUGACUGCAAAAGAGCUGCAGAUAACAGAAUUGAUUGCUUCCCUUGCGUAAAAGUUUCUUCCUCGUCUCAAGAAUCUGUUGAAGGUGGAAGUGAACCUGGGUUUCUUGAGAGAUACAUGAAGGAGGUUCAUGCACCCGUGCUUGGACUUUGGGUUGUAAAAAUGGUUGUUGUUGCUGUAUUCUUGGCUUUUGCGCUGGCAAGCAUUGCCCUAAGUCCAAGGCUGGAAACUGGUUUGGAGCAGAAAAUUGUUCUUCCUAGGGACUCUUACCUUCAAGACUAUUUCGACAGUCUCGCAGAGUACCUCAGAGUGGGACCGCCUUUGUAUUUUGUAGUCAAGGAUUACAAUUAUAGCUUGGAAUCAAGGCAUACGAAUCAGUUGUGCUCUAUCAGCCAGUGCAAUUCGAAUUCCCUUUUAAAUGAGAUAUCAAGAGCGUCACAAACUCCAGAAACAAGUUACAUUGCCAAACCAGCUGCGUCUUGGCUCGAUGAUUUUCUUGUAUGGCUAUCACCAGAGGCUUUUGGCUGUUGUCGGAAGUUCACUAAUGGCAGUUAUUGUCCUCCAGACGACCAGCCACCUUGCUGCACAGCUGAUGAUGAUAUAUGCAGUUUAGAUGGGAUCUGUAGAGACUGUACCACAUGCUUUCGACACUCAGAUUUGGUUCGGGAUCGCCCAUCUACAGCUCAGUUCAGGGAGAAACUACCCUGGUUUCUAAAUGCUUUGCCUUCGGCUGACUGUGCAAAAGGUGGUCAUGGAGCUUAUACGAAUAGCGUGGAUUUGAAAGGGUAUGAGACUGGUGUUAUACAGGCAUCUGAGUUCCGUACAUACCACACACCACUUAACACACAAGGUGACUAUGUUAAUUCACUGCGAGCUGCUCGGGAGUUCAGUUCAAGAAUGUCUAAUUUGCUGAAGAUUGAGAUCUUUCCAUAUUCUGUGUUCUACAUUUUCUUUGAGCAAUAUCUGAAUAUCUGGACCGUAGCUUUGACAAACCUCGCUAUAGCAAUCGGUGCUAUAUUUGUUGUUUGCUUAUUAAUCACUUCCAGUGCCUGGAGUUCAGCCAUCAUUGUUCUCGUGUUAGUGAUGAUACUCGCAGACCUCAUGGGUGUAAUGGUGGUUUUGGGAAUUCAACUCAAUGCGGUUUCUGUUGUGAAUUUGAUAAUGUCAAUCGGGAUUGCUGUAGAAUUCUGCGUGCACAUAUCACAUGCCUUCCUGAUGAGUAAUGGGAACAGAGAACAAAGAGCGAGGAAGGCACUGGAAACCAUGGGAGCUUCGGUUUUCAGUGGGAUCACACUCACCAAACUUGUUGGAGUGAUGGUGCUUUGCUUCGCACGAUCGGAGAUAUUUGUGGUGUAUUACUUUCAAAUGUACUUGGCUUUGGUUAUAAUCGGCUUCCUGCAUGGGCUCGUUUUCUUACCUGUCAUACUUAGUUUAGCCGGGCCUCCACAGAUAUACUUGGACACCGAGGAGGAGGAGCAGGGGAGAGACGGAGCUUCUUCUUCCCUAUUGAACUGAGUAACUUUACAGACUAGUCUGAAUUAAACUUUAACAUGUACUCUUAUGAUUCAAAUGUCUUAACACUGUCAAAAACACUAAAGAAUCAAUAGUGUAUGCUCUGUAUCAAAGUUUAGGUAACAGGACUAUGGCCCAAACUAUGGCAUGUUGGUACAAUACGAAGAACUGAGGUGUUUGGAGCUA